AUUGUUUCUUUUGACCAAAAUUCAAAAUUUAAACUUUAAAUUUGAUUCGUUUUUUUAAUUAUCUAUCAAUCGAGUUAAUUAGUGUUUUUUGUUUCGUUUUGUUUCAUCUUUAUUUUGUUCUUUUGGUGAUAUUAUGGCUCCAAUGGCUGUUGGUAAAUUGUGUUUUCUUGAAGAAGCUGGAAAAUUGAAGCGAUUGGAUAGAAGAGGUUGGAUAAUUAAGGGUAUUGAUAAACCCGAGACAAUUAGUGGUCAUAUGUAUCGUAUGAGUCUUAUGCCACUUUUGAUUUUAGACAAAUUUGGUGAUAUGGAUAAGGAUAAGAUUAUUAAACUUUGCUUAAUUCAUGAUCUGGCUGAAUGUAUUGUUGGUGAUAUUACUCCUCAUGACAAUGUUUCCAAAGAAGAUAAACAUGAAAGGGAAACCAGUGCAAUUAAUUAUCUGGCUUCUCUAUUGCCUAAUACUCAGUCAGCGGAGCUGAAAGAGCUUUUUGAUGAAUAUGAGGACCAGAAGACCCCAGAAGCUCAAUUAACCAAAGAUUUUGAUAUUUUCGAUAUGGUUCAUCAAGCUUUUGAGUAUGAGAAACUUGAAUUCGUACGAACCGGUAUAAUUCCUGAUCUAAGUGAAUUUUUCUGCCAAAAUAAAGUUUUAUCUCGGAUAAAAAAUGAAGAAGUCAAUGAUCUGGUCAGUGAAAUAGUCAAUCAACGAGACAAAUUUUGGAAAGAGAACAAUUCAAAUAAUCUACCAAAUCAAUUAAAGGAGAAAGAUAAUUCAACUCAAAUCGAAGGAGAUCAAGUUGUCAACAUUCAAGUUUAACCACUUUCGUAAUAUCCACGUAAACAUAAUUAUCUAAUCUGGAUUAUCAUUAAAAUAUCUAAACAAAUACAAGGUAACUCUAAAAAAGACUGAAUCAGCUAUUCCAACUUAAAGUUGAUCGUCUCUAAAUCAACUUGUGCAACAAAAAAAAGUGAUACAAUGUCUCAAAUCAAGUCUUCCACCACCAAACCCUCAAAUGGGAUUAAGAUAAUAUGCUAAUAACCAUCAUUUUUAAUAGAAAACAACAACAACAACAAAAAACGAUUUUCUUUUAUAAAUCAAAAAGAAAUUCUUUUUUACACCUUUAUACUUAUUCGACAAGUUUUGGUCAAGCUUCCCCCCUAAAAACUGAACCAAACUCUCAAUCAAUCAUUCAGAUUCUUAUAAAAACUGUAUCCUUUUCAGUCAACUAAAUAAUUAACAUCCUUUAAAUAAAAUUGAACUUUUCCAACUACUAAAAGAAGGUGAAAAGUCCAGACGUUUUCCAUUAA